AUGCAGAUAAUCUGGUAUUUGUGACUUUGAACCCUUCAACAAUAUUGGCCGACAUUCAUAUAAGCUGGUAAAGCUGUGAAUUAAAUAGUUCUCUACAUAUAAUUCUCUACAUAUAACUAAGAGCCUAUUCUCUAGCAACAAUGGCUAAUGCCGAUAUGAGGGCAAGGCAUGAAUACGUCAUACUAGAAACAGUGAAUUCUGACACAACGGAAAGCGCUAUGCCUAGUUUGUUAUUAGUCCAAGGCAAGCUGACCAAUGGCAAUUUACCUUUUGAUUCUUUGCAAUUUGUCACCAUUCCUAGCAGGUCUAGAAUAAAGGCUAGGUAAAUAUUACCAUAUAAAAAUUCGUAUAUCAACAGCUAUGAGAUUUAGGAAUCGUACAUUCUAUGUAAGUAGAUAUUGGACGGAGUAAAUGUGGUCUAAGCUUAAGAGGGAAAUUUCCCAUUGAAUUUAGCUCGUCAUUGGCUCCGUAUGUACCCUAGGUUACGGACCCGUACUUUGCAGCUUGUUCGGGUUAGUAUACUACCUAGGUGCACGCCGCCUUGCACCAACCUUAUCGAUAGUUACAUGUAUUCGGCAUGAUAGGUGCGUUUCUCGAGAUCUUCGCCCGACAUUAAUACUUUCCCAUCUCAACCCAUUCUUCUUAUUCUAUCUUGGUUAACCCACGAUCAACAAUGGCGCACGCAGCCCCCGUUGAUAUUUGGAGCGGUAAUGGCAUCGCCUUGGGAGCUCCUUCUCCCAAGAAGGUUGCUUAUUUCUAUGAUUCUGACAUUGGAAAUUUCGCCUAUGUAUCCGGCCAUCCAAUGAAACCCCAUCGCAUUCGGUUGGCGCACAGCUUGAUUAUGAAUUAUGGUGUGUACAAGAAGAUGGAGAUUUACCGUGCGAAACCGGCAACGCGACUCGAGAUGACCCAAUUCCAUACAGACGAGUACAUAGAUUUCUUACAGCGAGUCACCCCCGAGAAUAUGGACAAUUUCCAACGAGAACAAGGCAAAUACAACGUUGGAGAUGAUUGUCCGGUAUUCGACGGACUAUUUGAAUUCUGUGGCAUUAGUGCUGGUGGCAGCAUGGAGGGUGCCGCCCGCCUCAACCGUCAAAAGUGCGAUAUCGCAGUGAACUGGGCGGGUGGCCUCCAUCACGCAAAGAAGUCUGAGGCUAGUGGCUUCUGCUAUGUCAACGAUAUCGUUCUCGGAAUUCUCGAACUCUUACGAUUUAAUAAGCGCGUCCUAUAUAUCGAUAUCGAUGUACACCAUGGCGACGGCGUUGAGGAAGCAUUUUAUACCACGGACAGAGUUAUGACGGUUUCUUUUCAUAAGUACGGCGAAUACUUCCCUGGAACGGGCGAGCUGAGAGAUAUUGGUAUCGGCCAGGGUCGUUACUACGCGACUAAUUUUCCUCUUCGCGAUGGCAUAGAUGAUUCCUCAUACAAGUCCAUCUUCGAACCCGUCAUAUCAGCCGUCAUGGAAUACUAUAAUCCGGAUGCGGUCGUUCUUCAAUGUGGCGGAGACAGUUUGUCGGGUGACCGUCUCGGUUGUUUCAACCUGAGCAUGGAUGGACAUGCUAACUGCGUAAAGUUCGUCAAGAGCUUCAAUCGACCAACUCUGGUACUUGGUGGUGGUGGUUACACGAUGCGCAACGUUGCCCGUACCUGGGCCUUUGAGACUGGUCUCCUUGUUGAUGCUCAGAUGGAUCGAACUCUACCAUUUAAUGAAUAUUACGAUUAUUACGGGCCCGACUAUUCGCUUGAUGUGCGUGCCUCCAACAUGGAGAACGCCAAUAGCCCCGAGUACCUAGAAAAGAUAAAAAAUCAGCUAAUCGAAAAUCUUCGACGUACCGCUCAUGUCCCAUCUGUCCAGAUGCAGGACGUUCCCCGUCAUUCGAUGGGAGCGAUGUCUGAUGAGGAAGAAGCUGAGCUUGCUGACCUCGAUGAGGAUGAAAAUAAAGAUGUUCGCAUGAGUCAGCGCCAGUGGGAACAACGCAUAGAGCGGGACAACGAAUACGAGGAAAGCGAUAAUGAGGACUAUGAAAAAGCGAUCGGGGUUCAUCGAAACGGAAAUACGCGACGACCAUUCAUCGACUAUCGUAAUUCAGAUGUUGAAGCUGAGAGCGGCGCCGCGACGCCCGCCAACGGCUCUAUUGAACAUGUCAUCAAAUCUAAAGAGACAGAUGACAUUGUUAUGGAAGAUAUAGUAGAAAAGGAACCUGAGGUCGAAGCAAAUACUCGCGAUAACUCCCAGCCAGAGGAAAAGGAUGCUGAAAACGAAAGCAAGACCACCAGUAUUGCUGAUCAGGAAGAAGCACCAAAAGAAUCCCAGGGAGUCUCCAAGUCCGAUAAAGACGGUAGCGAAAGCGAAAAGACAGCCGCCGCCGAAAAUGAGUCUGCCAACGAAAAUGUCGAGACAUCUAAGGAGACUGACGAGAUGAUGCGGGAUGCUGGUGAAGACAAAACACCAGCAGAAGAGGCUGAAAAGGCACCCAGCGCGGCACCAGAGGCCAAGAGCACACCAGAAGCCGAAAAAGUUGAUCAAGAUGGUGAUAUUGAUAUGGAUGCCCCCGUUGCCGCCGCCGCCCCUGAGCCAAAACAAGAGGACGGAGCAGACGCCAAGGACCAGCCCGCAGAAAAGGCUGAUGCUGCAUCACCUAGUUCUGCGGAACCCGCCAGUAAAGACAAGGACAAGGAAAAGGAUGCGAGCUCCUAAAAAAGAUGGAAACACUAAUUUUGAUACCCAUGUUUUGAAUCUUCUCGCCCUUCCAAGUCUUUAAAGCAACCAAUGUACAGGGGAUGGGCGGGACGGAAUAGGGGAUGGUGUUCAUCGGGUUCUUCUUCAGAUCAUUGUAGACUAGCCGAGCGAACGGCGUUCAGGUUUUCCGGCAGCAUCAGCGGCAGAGGGACGGCCGCCUUGCGUUAAGUUGGCGGGCUCGCUCUUUAGUUAGUAUCUUCUGCUUAGCGCCUUGUGAUUUUAUGUGAUGGUUUUAUGUUAUGUCGUGAUAAAGGUGAUCCGUUAUUGUGUUGAAGUUACCGUAAUUAAUUUGACCAGACAAUAUUAUUACGUUUAUGAAAAACUACGUGGGUCCUAGCCUAGUGUAUACGUACAGUCGAGUCUCGCCAUAACGAAUCUACUUUAUAACGAAUUCACUUUAUAACGAAUCUAUAUCGUGU